AUGUCGAGGACAAGUUCUUCUCGUCGAGGAGCUCCUGCCGGGCCCCACGGGUACGGAUCGCGGUACAAGAUGUCGGACUACGUCAUGGGCCUGGCGAGCCCGGGCGCCUUUCCCUGCCCGGAGGGCUCCCCGACCUACAACCUCCAGUUCAGCAAGCGGGCGGGUGAUGGUCACCUCGUGGCCUUCGGCACCGAGCGCGGGACGCUCGUGAUCGUGGACACGCGAGCCGAAGCGGUGGUCCAGAGGGACCACAACGGGCCCGUCGGCUGGGGACAAACGGACCGUUCCUCGGACUGGUUCUCGGAACGGGCCGCCAAGAGGCUCGGUGCUAGCGCGGGGGUCAAGCACGGGUACUGCCGGAGCUGGGGGGUCCGCCAGCCGGGGGUGGUUGCCCAGUACCGGGCCCUGGUCAACUGCAUAUUUGACGUCGAGUGGCUUCACGACGACGGGCGGAUCGCUCUGGCCUGCGCCGACUCCAAGAUCCGAGUGCACGACACCGAGACGUGCGUUGAGGUGGUGGUGCUGCGGGGCCACGAAGGGAGCGUCAAGACGAUUUCUGCGAAUCCAUUGGACAACUGCGUCAUCCUUUCGGGAGCGAGGGACGGCUCGUUCGCCGUGUGGGACACGCGGCUGCAGCAAGGCAGGCCGGUCAAGAAACUCAUGAAUAGGGUGGUCGCAGAGGAGUACUCAGCAUUAGCCUGGACUCCAGCCAACAGACUACAGAGGCGGCUACUCACGCCGGUGGAACAGGUUUUUAUGGCGCACUACACAGAAGACCGCGACCCUAAGAUUCCCCGGUCUUACGUUAGAAUGGACGAGACCGUCAAGGGAGGCUUUGACGGGAUGGUUUGCGGGAGGCCUUGCGCGAGCACCGUGACGUCGGUGCAGUGGAUGCCGGACGGGCAGACGUUUCUCACGGCUGGGCAGGACGGACUCAUUAAGCUCUGGGACACGAGGUACGUCCACCACCCCCUCCAGGAAGCCGACCCGGACGAUGAAUCCGCGUCGCUCCCUCUCCUCUCGGAAAACUCCCGCUCCAUGUGGACCCUUGACUACGGCAAGCCAGUGCCGCGAUCAGGAGCUACGGGCACCGGUGGCAACGGCAGCGGGGGGAGGCGUUCAUCGGCGGCGACUGCAAAUAGGGGGCGGCGGCGACGUCGAGCUGUUUCGUACGGCAGGGUCAGGGGGGGCGACGCGGUUGCAGAGGAGAACACCGAUGGGGGGGGCAGGCGGUCCGGCGUGUCGUCGGUGCACGCGUGCGACGACGGGUCGCGGAUAGCGGUGAGGGGCGCGACGGACGGGCGGCGGUGUUUGAGGUGGUUGGUGUGUACGGUCAAGAACCGUGUCUCCGUGUACGCCUACGCCUGCGGCGGACUCCGACCCCUCGGUGCCUACACCGGGAAUGCGAACAGGUCGUCGUACUACAUCAAGGCGAAGCUGUCCCCCGACGGAUCUCUCUUGGCCAGCGGUGCCGCAGACGAUGCAGUGUGUCUGUGGCAGGUGGAUUGCCCUGGGCUUCCCGUAGCUAGGCUCACGGUGAUUGUUGGGUGUAAGGCCGAUGAUUGUUGGGUGUGA